AUGCCUUCGCAAAGACAAGCCAUCCAUGCUGCCUCCGCUCCAAAGACCAAUGGCAAUUACUCGCAUGUAGUGCGUCAAGGCAAUACAUUGCAUGUCGCUAAACACUUCCCAACUCUCAANGCCGGCUGGAUGGGCGAUGACCCCACAACAGGAGAAAUCGUCUCGGGCGGUAUAUCUCCUCAAACCGUAAAUUACUUUUGGCCCUUUUUCUUCCCCAACUUUGCCCCGCCUUUCUCCUUCCUUCCUGCUUUCUCUGAUAUCUCACAGCAUCAAGCGAUUGCCAACAUCAAAGCAUGUCUGGAAGCUGCAAGCUCUUGUUUGGACAAGGUCGUGCGACGCAGGAUUUACAUCAUGGACAUGAAGGAUUUUAGAGAGGUGGAUAGGAUAUGGGCAGAGUAUUUUGAAGAGCCGUUUCCUGUGAGUACGUGUGUGCAGGUUAGUGGGUUGGCCAAGGAGGGUGCGUUGGUUGAGUUGGAGGUUGUUGCUGAGGUUUGA